GUUGGUUUUUCGUUGUGUGUGGAAGCGGGUCGACAGAGGGAUCGGGAUCGGGAGGGGGUCCUCGCCCCCUUGGAUGGGGAGCCGGAGACAGAUUAUUCUCUGCGGUUCAACACCAAAAAUUUUCCUUCGAUCUGCGGUGAGAAAUUUAUUGGAAGAAAAACCCCAACUGGAGGCAAACCACGACUGAAGACGAGGGAACAGCAACAAGUGAACCAGCCCGAGGACUGAGAGCACCGACUGGAGAGAACCCAUCUGACUCAGAGAUUCCAGUGAUUCAGUCAGGAGAAAGUUUGUUUUGUGCAAUUCAGGGCAUCACCAGCAGGUGGAGCUGUCCUGCACCGCGACCAAAGUGUAAACAAGAAGACGACAAUCAACAACCGUCAGUCAGAAUCAGAAUGGCUACAGGUGGGAAAUUGAAUCGGAUACGGAAAGUACUCAAGAGGUUUAUUUCAGGCAACUCAUCGAGGGAAGAUGAUCGGGACAUGGGAAGCAAGAUACUAAAGCGGGGUCAGACUGAGAGCAAUGUCCCAAUGGAAAGCAGUCCAGCCGCAGAAAAGGAGGAGCAAAUUCAGCCCAGAGACAGUGACGUCAGAGACACCAAUCAGGAAUCUGGAACCAGCACAAGAGAGGUGAUCGCCUGUCAGCUCAGAAGCUCAUUGAUCAUGGAAUUGUCCAGGCCCCACCAAGGAGCAGAGCCAGAGUUUACAAUCUCCGACCUCCUGGCAGAGGGGGGCGAGUAUCGACUGUACCAGCUGACAAAGUUCUACAGGGACAGACUCAAACAAGCAAUUGAAGAAAAGGUUGAAAGACUCGAUUGGAUGUUGACAAAGGAGGGACAUUUCAGUAGAGAAGAAAAUGAGAAAGUCACUGAACUGACAGAGAAGGGAAACCGGACCGAAAGUUCCAGACUCUUCCUCAGUUUGGUGAAUGGCAAAGGCUCCCGGGCCCAGAGGGCGAUGUGGGAAUCCUUUGUGACAUGGAGGACUGAGUUACCGAAGUUGGACAGAAUACUGAGGGAAAUACAGGAACUCGGUCCGGAUCCACAGGAAAACAUGAACAUCGGCCAAGUGUUAUCUGAGUUACCUACUGAACUGCUUGAUGUUCAACAGAAACACAAGGAGACUCUGCGGGCACAAACUGAAACACUGAGAGUGAACACGAUCCUGAUGAGGGAGAAGGUGACGGUUUUCCAGCUGGUUGACUGAUACGCUGAGCUCACGGUC